UUUUCGUGAAAACCCUGUCUGCGCAUGCGUGUGACGUUACUGUGUUGAUGUUUCCAGUCGUGUUUACGUCGAGCAGGUGCGUGCAUCACCGAGCCUUGGCCUGUAGUUGUUCUGUAGCCGUUACCAGGUAAACCGGUACCGAAGGCCCGGUGUUGGAACACAGUUGCGGUGUGUGACCGACAGCGGAGGCCUGCCGACAUGACUCUGAACCAGAACCACUCGGAGUCCGGCGGAGUCAUCAUCAACAACAGUGAAAGUGUGCUGAUGAACCAUGACAACGUGGAGCUCACCUUCUGCCAUGCUGACAGUUUACCUGAAGCCUUCAGGCAGAGCAGGAAGGGCAGCGUCUUCCUGACACCGUACAGGGUGAUCUUUGUGGCUAAAGGACGGGAUGCACUGCAGUCGUUCAUGAUGCCCUUCUACCUGAUGAAGAGCUGUGAGAUCAAACAACCAGUGCUGGGGGCCAAUUACAUCAAAGGCACCAUUAGUGCAGAGCCUGGAGGUGGUUGGGAGGGCUGUGCUACAUUCAAACUUGUGUUUGCUGCUGGUGGAGCCAUAGAGUUUGGCCAGUGCAUGCUGCAGGUAGCAGCUGCAGCAUCCAGAGGACAACCUGUGACUCCAGGCUUUGGCGGCUGUCCCUACAUGGCUAACGGGACCUGCGCUUACCUUCCUCCACCAGCUAAUGGAGUGUACCCACCAGGACCUCCCCCUGGGUACUCCUACCCCAGCCCUCCUCAAGGUGGAUUCUACCCGAGUCCUCCAGCAUUUGAUGCUUCUGCGAGCUACGUCCCUCCACCUCCUUAUUCUGCUCCUCUGGGUCAGCAGCCACCAAAUGAUCCAGACCUCCCCUCCUCAGCAGCAGCGGAGGCCAAAGCAGCAGAGGCAGCAGCGAGCUCCAGCUGCGCCACUCUUCCUCCCACACGUGUGUAUCUGCCACAGGACAAACCUCCCCCCUACUCCCCCCCAGAAGACAAGAAGAAUCAGUAGACCUGCUCGAUCUUGUCCUCCUUUGUCUCAGUCUCCUCCAUCCUACGGGACCAGCUCUCCUUCCAUUAAGACUGGACAUCAGGACAUAACCCUCCCCCGUCAAGUCUGCCUGUCCCUGCUUUCCCACCUCCACUGGUGUCGUCAUUCCGUUCACAAGCACCUUAACUCGAGCAGAGGAGUGUUGUCAGAGUCCAGAGUGGUCAGGAUCUACGGCUUUCUGACCACGUCUCAGAGAUGCGGGGGUUUUAUGCAGCCACCCCAAACACAGCUGCGUAGCGUGGCCGGGGGCUGUUCCUGUGGAGACUCCUAGAUCUCAGUGGGAUCCCUGGAUCCUGAACCCGGGCCUGAGGGGGAUGUGCAAGAGCAGUGCAGUCCCUCAGUGAUGUCACUUCCUGUUUAGGUUAUUGUAAACAGGUUCACCACCACUCAGCCGCUCCCUCUUUUCUUUUAUGAUAAAAACA